AUGAUUAUCUUCUUGAUAUUGAUAGGCGAGACCGUUAUCCCCGAGUCCAUUGUCUACUUGGACAACGGUGUGGUGUUUGUGGCCGCUUUCCUUGGAGAUUCCCAGCUGAUACGUCUUAAUCCCGAUCUGGAGUCCGAACGUAACAGUUAUAUAACUGUGCUGGAGCAAAUCACCAAUAUUGGUCCAAUUGUGGACAUGGUGUUGCUGGAGAGCAAGGGCCAGAAUCAACUCAUAACCUGUUCGGGAGCAUACAAAGAGGGCAGCCUCCGCAUUAUCCGUAGCGGCAUCGGUAUUCAGGAGCAUGCCAGCAUCGACCAGGAGCAGAUAAAAGUGUCUCAGAUUACAUUUUCGGCUACCGUUUCAGGUGUUUGGUGCUUCCCAUUCGAAUCCUCUUCGGUUGAUGAUUCCAUUGUGGUUUCUAUGGUUGGCCAAACUCAACACAAGGUUCUGCCCCAUGAAGUGGCCUGCAUUGAUAUGUCACCCUUCGACAGGACCAAGUUAUUGGCUGCCAGCCAACUCCGUUCCCCACAACCGCAAUUACAGUCCCCUCAGCCAGUUAGUAUGCAGUCAGCUGAUGAGAACUUUGGGACGAUAUCCUGCGGUGAGCCGCAGUACGCCGCUGUGGGUCUGUGGAUGGGUCAUGGCCUGGCACUGCUGCAGCUGCCGUCCUUGGAGGUUGUCCACCUGGAACCCCUGCCCGAAACCACAGCCUCCACUGGCACCGCGGUGCUUCCACGCUCCAUCCUGAUUUCUCAGUUGAACGACACCGCUUUCCUGUUUGCAGCCAUGGGUGACGGGGCCCUCUACUACUACACCAUCGCCUACAACGCGGAAAACAUAACUCUACGCGACGCCAAACGUGUCAAUGCGGGCACAGGGCCAUCCAUGUAUCUCAGUCAGUGGCGUUCACACAACAAGAACAAUGUCUUCGUCUGUUCCAACCACCCCUGCAUCGUGUACUCUGUGAAGAAUAAGCUUGUCUUCGCUAAUGUGAACUUGAAGGAAGUUGGAUGGAUGUGUCCUCUAAACGGCUCCUACUACAAAGACUGCAUCUGCUUAGUGACUCCCGGUGGCUUAAUCCUGGGAUCCGUGGAUGAGAUCCAGAAGUUGCACGUCCGCAGUAUACCGCUGGAGGAGACACCCCGUCGUUUGGCCCUGCAGUCGGAGACCGGUAGCUUGGGUGUCAUCUGCAAUCGACAGGAAGUCUUCCAGGAGGGAGUUGGCUUCAAAGCUGUCCGCUCGUCUGCCUCCCUGUCCACCAAGGUUCCAAAGACGCACAGCUCGGUUCCCAAAACCGUCCCCUUCAGUCAUAUUGAAGUCGCUGGCUUGGAUGAUCUGACACUUGAGCCCGAGGCGAUGGCUAUAAGGUCAAGCAACUCUCUUCACGAGACCGCCAUUAGCGUCGCUUCAAUCAACCUCGAGGCCAAGAACACUGUCGUUUACGCCGUCGGUACGGCACUCAUCGUGAAGGGUGAAUACGAGCCGACAAAGGGGCGAAUCCACCUGUUCCGAUGGGAUCCAGAGAACUCACGGCUGGAGACUUUGUUGGUGCACGACGUAAACGGAGCUGUCUAUCGCAUCAUCGACUUUAACGGUCGUAUCCUCGCGGGCAUCUCGAGCUCUGUCCGUCUGUUUGACGUAAAAGAUGACAGCCUCCGUCUCGCCUCAUCCUUCAAUGAAAACAUUACAGUCCUUUUCUUGCGAAGCAAGGGCGACUUCGUUUUGAUUGGUGAUCUAAUGCGAUCUCUCACUCUGCUCCUCUACAAAUCCAACAUGAAUAACUUCGAAACAGUGAGUCAAAUUAUAUUUCUCGAAUUAUCUUACUUGACGCUCCUUCAAGCAGUUUGUUUCCUUUUUUAG